CGAGCUUGGGACCGCGUCCCGGUCGCGCCAGUGCCUGAUACCCGCAGGCAAUCUAAGAUCUGGAAGCGAGUGGGCGGUCUGCCCGUCGACCCGACCCAGAAGGCUUACCAGCGAUCGAUGGCGGAGCUGGAGUCGCAGGGAGAGGGGCCGAGGAAGCGAGCACGCCAUUUGCGCUGGGUGCCCGCAUGGGGCGACAUGAAGUGGCAUGGAAGUAAAGGCGUGGAAUAUACCCCGGAGGACAUUUUGGCUGCGGCCCGAGGUAUGUGGUUUCUUUGUUUUAACGAGAGCGUCGCGACACCAUACGGCGACGGAAAUGAGCCUUUGACGUACCCGGCCAAUGCGUUGAAGUAUGUGCCGAGAAAACGACACAACACGCGCUGGACUAUUGAGCCCAAGAAGAUAACGACUGCGACCACGAUGGUUGGCGAAUUGCAGCCGCUGAUCGAGUACGAGAUUCCGGCCUCGCCUGAGCACGUGGAGACGAGGGUAGAGAUGGAUGAACAACAGAUGAUGAAGAGGUCGACGCGCAGCCCCAGCAAACGAUGCUCUAUUAUCCCGGGACAAGAUUCCCCACGCAAGCUGCCCAUGGUCAGACUGACGCCCGCCGAGAAUACCUCGGCAUCAUAUUCACCAGUAAAGAGGGCGCCGGCUUCACUCUCUCCGACCAAGGUAGCGGACUCACCGCACCGCGACUUCAAAAUAAACGCCACACCCACCAAGGUGAUCCUCGAGACACCUAAGAUUAGCCCGCCCUCGCAAUCCCCCCUCAAGUCGUCCACCCCGUCGACCCCUGGUACCGAGGAUUCGAUGUAUUCUUUGUUUGGCACGCCGCCUCCCGAGUCACCAGGUAGUCCUCUACCUCUCACCUUUGAUCAACCCGUGGCAGAUGUCCAAAUCACCCCGGAGCAUGAGGCUCGCCGCCGGAUUUCUCUUCAAUCCGCCCGCAGACGGUCGCGGGAUUCCCCCGGCCUCUUGCGCAUCUUUGCUCUCAAGAAGAGCGCCGCCGAGGGUGCCAACCGCCGGCACAGUUUACCGUCGCUCGAGGAGUUGUCUGCUGAAGCCCAUGAGGUUUCUUCCUCCUCCAAGAAGGACCGCCGAAAGACGCUGGAUCCAUUUUGCGUGGACGAAGAUGGAGUCGCUGCAUCUGCAAGCAGCGAUGAGUGCGCCACUACCACGGCCAAAGAAGUGCUGGAUAUUGAUAUGAAGACCAGCCCUGAUAUCUUUGGGCAGCCGGUUAAGAGCCCAGAGCUGCCCAAGUCAGCUGGUAGCAACGAACUGGAGGAGACCGAGCCUUCUGCGGCCUCCGAGAUGGAACGCCCAUCGACCCCGACCCCCGCUUCAACAGUUUCUUCCCCUGCUGUCCAUGUUUCUGAGGCCACAACGGACGCAGUGAACCCGUCGGCCGAUUCCGUUUCUACUUUUGAUACCACACCGGAGAAAACAGAGGGCCGGGCCGGAACGGAAAAUACAACCCCCGAUCAGGCAGCAACCCCCCCUUCGGUUAACCAAACCAGUAUCACGCACGACACGAGCGUCACGACUUCUCACAUGGCCGAAGACCCUUUCAAGCUUUUCGGAUCAGGACCAGAGUCAGAAGUCAUGUUUGUGCCGGAAGAGCCGGAGGGUCUCUCGACCAUUUACGAAGAGUCCACGAUCCUCGAGAGCAGCCCUUUGAAGGGCGUCACACCCAGUGCCGGUCUUGCGUUGAACCCUGAUGCUGGUUCUCCUGCCGCUACGUCGCCCACCCCCGACACCGAGAGUACCACCAUCGACAACCAAGUUCCCGCCACCCCAGAUGCGGGUAUGCUCGGUUCGGCCUCUACUGCGGUUGAUAUCUCGCCCGAUCAGCAGCUCCAGAACGAGUUGAUGCUGGCCUCGGACGCCGCAACUAAUCACGCCGAGAAAUUGACUGCCUCGCCGCAGCUACCGCUUCCGAACGGCGAUGCGACUUCAUCGGAUCCGACCAAGGAUGUGUCGUGUACGCCCGUUUCGGGUAAUCUCCAAGAUGGGAAGUCGCUCUUCCGCCUUGAACGAUUUUCCCUAGCGGCUUCGGUUGCGAACCCCGAUUUCGAUUCCCCAUUCACUGCGGCAUUGCGGGAUAUGCUGCAACAGGCCGACCCCCGACCUGUAGAAGCCACCGCGCGGCCGGAGAGCUCCGGGUUCACCCCGAUUAAUGGUCGGGCUUUCACAUCAGAUUUUGAGCGGAAACUUCGGGAACACCACGAGCCGCAGGUGGAUCGCGACAUGGAUGACCUCGAUGCCGACGAGGUGAUUGAGCAGGAGGAGGUCGAAGUCGUGGAGGGUGAAGAGGCGACUGUUGCUCUCGAUGGCACCGAUGCCAUGGACGCCAUCGACGAAACCGCCACCGUCCAGCCUCCGCGACCGGAGAACGACACGCUCCAGCUGCUCGGCCGUCAACCCGAUCCCGAGGCGGAUAUGCUCCGCGACUUUGUUACGCGCGUCACGGCGGAUAAGAACGCCAAGGCUGCUGCUGCCGCCGCUGCGCUUGUUAAGAAGAUCGCGCGCCGCUCCAGCUCCUUGGGAUCGACCACGUCUGCCACCGGCUCGCCUAUGGCCAAGUUGGGGUCGCCUACCAGUAGGACUCCGCUGGGUGUGAAGAGCCCCAACAGCCCGAGCCUAUCCAAGAAGCGAAAGGCUGAGGACAGCCCCGCCAAGGACGAGGCCUCCCAGGUGUCCCCCGACGAGUCCAGCGAUGAACCCCGGCUCAAGCGCCGCAAGCGAGCCGACCCGGUUCUCGAAAACUCACCCGAGACCAUCACUGAGAACCCCUCGCCCGACCGUGGAUCUCGCUCCCCCGGACGUGGCCCGCGGCGGUCUACCCGCGCCCGCAGGGCCCUGCGACCCGCGGCUCCAUCGGCCAACUCGAUCGCCCUAUCCAUGAUCCCCGUUAGGCUGCCGGGCAUGGGCGCGAUUGACGAGGCCGCUAUGGAUGCCCACACCGCCAACAUGAUGCGCCAGCGCGAAGAGAAGGAUUUGGUCUCCAUCACGCGUGUCAACACGCGCAAGAACAAGGGCACCGCCGUGCCGCCCCAGGCUGUGCUGGCUAAGCAGGCCGAGGACCCGGCGGCGUGGCGCAUGCGGGAGCUCAAGGGCGUGUUUGACGCCAAGGACAAGCGGGGCAAGGCCUCCACUGCUUCUGCCGAGGCUGGAAACGACGCGCAGGAGAACAAGGAGGAGAACGACAGUAGUGCCGAGCCCAGGACUGCUGCGAAACAACGCAAGGGUGUUCGCUGGGCCGAGGAGCUGGUUAGGUUCCAGACGGAGGAUCCCAGCAUCUUCCACGGCAUGGCUAGGAGCCUGCUUGCGGAUGUGAUGAGCGAGGGGGACGACGACUUUGAUGAGAUCGCCGAGGCCGAACCGCCCCGCCCUGCUACACCUGUCGUAGAGAAGACGGCACGCGUCGCGGCCCGGAAGAGCGCCCCGUCCGCUGCCGCUAACGAGACCACCACUGCGACUGCUACCGCGACCGCUGAGACGACCACCGCUGCUGCUCCCUUGGCUAAUGUCCCAUCGAGCCGCACCCGGUCGAAGCGCGCGUCUCGACUGCAGCCCCCGACGCCGGUGAAGAGUCUCCGCAGCACCGAUACGAGUGAGUCCGCGGUCCCCGCCGCAAAGCGCAGCACCACCGCGACGAAGAAGACCACGACGGCUAAGAACACCACGUCCUCAGCAACCGGUCUGCGUGCUCGCGCCCGCCCUCUUUCCAAGCGUGCCGUGGCCGCUGCGACCGCGGCCUUGGCUGAAGCCGAGGAGACCAAGAUUUCCUCUUCUGGUUCUUCUUCUGCAGCUGGUAUGGCGACCCGUCGCACGCGGGUGACCAAGCUCGGGAUGAGCGCGAACGGCACGCCGGCGCCGAAGAGGCGGGGUCGGGCGGCUGGUUCGGCUGCUAAGUCUGGUGUUUAA